UGCCGCAAGCCCAGCCAGGCCAUUGUGUGCCCCGGACUGGAUGCCGCCCGUCCAGCAACUCGGGCUGCUCGGUCUCUCAGUCUGAGUUGCUCUUCAAAAACUUGGGAGGCCGAUCCGAGCUCAUGGUCGGACCCAGGCAGUGGAGAGGCCCGCCUUGGUUCUUUCCGAGCGGCACGAGAACCACAACAACCACGACCACACUAACCGUCUCGACGUCAGGGCUUGCCAGCCAACCUCCGGUCAGUUCGACUACACCUGCCGGGUCGGAAGGGCCAUCGGUGACUAGUCGUCCUGGGCUCCUCAACACAACCUCCGGCACCCAGUCUCUGUCCAGCGAGGUCCCGGUGACGGCUACUAUGCCCUCGGAUAUCGCCACGUCAGCAGGAGCCCAGACCACGACGACCGAUAUUUCCAACCCCGCCGGCGGGUCCCCGAACGAUGGUGACUCCGGAGUCGGGAACCACAGGACGCUCGUCAUCACCCUGAGCACCGUGCUCUCGGCGGUGGGACUGGUACUGCUUGCGGGCGCCGUAGUUCUUUGCUGGAGAUUCCGGCGGCGCCGCCUGCCCUUCCUUUCGCGAGGUGUUUCGCCCAUCGACGACGACGAGAUCGAGAGGUGGAAGGGACCCAGAGGCGAGAAGGCCGGUUUCCAGGGCGCAGAUACUGACGCCGAGGCGGAAGCUGCCCUUAACAAGGAAGCCGGUGCCCCGUCGUCGCACGCCAAGCACGCCUCAGCAAGCUCCAUCAAGAAGCCGCCGAGCGUGAUCGUCUACGACAGGCCCCGUAACGACCACGGCGCCCGCCGCUCCACCGACGCCGAUUCCCGUCGCUCCUUCGCCCAGAACCAUCCGGGUUACGGGGGCAAGUCAAGCUUCGACAAGGCCCUCCCACAGGCGCCCAUCCUAGCGCGAGCCCCCAACGCCCGCGCGGGCCUGACGGACGAGUCCGUGCCGGGCGACGAGCCCUUCCUGCCCAGCCCGAAACGCACGCCCUCGCGCCUGUCCAAGCUCCCACCCAACUCGGCGAUGGGCGGCGGCGGCCGGCGCGCCCACCACGCGCGGGCGCGGAGCUCGCGCAGCAGCACCCGCAGCUUCGGGGAGUAUUAUCACCAUUCCAGCGCCGGUGGCGGGGGCGCGGGAUCGCGCGCCGGAUCCGAGUCGGAGCUCUCGCCCCGGCAUUCGCACGAGCAACACGUCUACGUCCACGUCCGGCACGGCAGUCACUCGAGGAGCUACGGCGGGGCCCGGAGCAGUCACUCGAGGGUCUACUCGUCGUCGUCGAUCCCACCGCGGUUGUCGUUUGGCGAUGAGGUGCUCUUUGGCGGGCUGUCGCCUGCGAGGCCGAGAUUUGCGGCGGACGAGGAGAUUGGACGGGCUAUUGGGUAGAUGGGGGUUCUAAGGAGAGAAAGCUCACCCCCCUUUUUUUUGUUCUUCGCUCUUCUGGUUCCGCAUCGCUAUAUGAUCCCGGCUUUUCCUU